GAUAGAUCUGAAAAAUUGAUGGGCUCAAAACUUAAAUUUAUGGUUGUGUUUUUUUUUAUAGGUUGUAUUCAUGGGCGAUGAUACUUGGGCAAAUCUUUAUCCAAACAGAUUUAUGAGAAAUUACCCAUAUCCAUCAUUUAAUGUUUGGGAUUUGGAUACUGUUGAUAAUGGAGUAAGAGAGACAUUAUACCCAGAAUUGAAUAAAACUGAUUGGAGCUUGUUAAUAGGGCAUUUUUUGGGUGUAGAUCACUGUGGUCACCGUUAUGGCCCAAAUCACCCUGAAAUGGCUAGAAAAUUGGGAGAAAUUAACUCGGUUAUUGAGAAGGUGACACAGCAGAUGCAAGAUGACAUGGUAUUAUUUGUGAUUGGAGACCAUGGUAUGACGUCUACAGGUGACCAUGGUGGAGAGAGCCCUGAUGAAGUAACAGCAGGAUUAUUUGUGUACUCUAACCAACCUUUAUCAAUGAUUCAUGACCAAGUAGAAUCUGUCAAACAAAUUGAUCUAAUACCCACCUUAGCCACCAUUUUGGGCAUUCCCAUUCCCUUUCAAAAUUUGGGAAUCCUUAUUCCUAAUUGCUUACCACAAAAAAGUAUUGGUGUUGACAGUUGGAAAGUUCACCUCUUCUCCUUAUGGUCUAAUGCCCAGCAGAUAGUUCAUUAUAUCAAAGAAUAUUCUCAAAAGGAGGGCACUUUUAGUAAGGAAUCGUUAGAGAAAUUCUAUCGGGAAUAUUCUUCACUCAGCACUAAAAUCCAUUCAAUAGACAACCAGCAUGAUUUUAUGCAAUUUGCUGAAGAGCUCGAAGGGUUUUUGAAGGAUCUGCGAGAGAUGUGUGAGAAAGUUUGGAUACAAUUUGAACCAUUCUCUAUGGCGCGAGGCCUACUGUUUCUGUUCCUAUCAGUAUUCUGUGUUUUUCUUAUUACUGAUGGCAUACCAUUGGACGCCCUUUCGGAAGUGAUUGUAAGCCCAUUUUUGAUAUGUUCUUACAUUGUAUGCUUUUUAGCUGCCGCCUUCUCAGGCGUACUUUAUUUUUUAGAAGUGACUGAUAACUGGUUAUCUUCAAUGUUCUUUUGUACUUGCCUUGUGUCUCAAGCUAUGCUAGCUGUGCCUAUAAUCCAAAAUUGGGGAGAUAUAUGCCUUAAUUGGUACUCCAAAAGCAAAAAAGAAAGAUUUAUGAGCCUAUUAUGUCGCCUAAUGUUAGUUUUGAAUAUCUGUGGUGUAUUUUCGAAUAGCUACAUCAUUGAAGAGUCAUUUGUUUUACUAUUCUUGUCUGUUACAAUAAUUCUCGCUUGUACUUUGGGUAUAAUUUCUCCAAAACUCAAAAUAGAAGCCAAGAAGAAGAGCUACAUUGCUAAGUUUUUCAAAUGGUCGAAAUUGAAAUUCGUCCUUCUGUCUUUGACCAUCGCAGCACUUGUUAGGGCCUCAAUGUAUUUUUGGAGAUGUAGGGAGGAGCAGCAAUGGUGUUUUGCGACUCAUUCUGAAGUAAGCAGGAUUACGGCAAAAAUGGAAACGACAAAAUUGCAGUGGGCUAUCACAAUAAUUUGUCUUGGGGCGUUCAUCUUCAGUACAAAAGAAUGGUUGAAGAACUGUGGAAAUUUGAAUGGGUAUUCUUUGACUGUGGGUCUGUACAAGUUUGUUCCAACAGUCCUUGUAGUGUGUAUUGGCGGGUACUGGGUGCUCAGAAGAUCACCAUCUAGCAGAAGGGUGAAUAUGAAGACUACAAACAUUUUGGCAUGGGCCAUUUAUAGCCUUAUUGUUUGUGGAAUAGGCUCCUGCAUUUUACAACCGAUAUGUACUUAUGUCAUACCAGGAAAACAAUCUACAUCUAGCAAAGAAAACCUCAUACCGAAGCUCUUCAACAAGAUCAAAGGUUCAUUGACAGACAAAGAAGAAGACAUACCAGUAAUCUGUGGACUAGGCACAGUGUACAGUUCAGUCUACGUAAUGAUUGGGACAUACUUGACCUUGCUGUUCACGUUACUAUUGGGAGAUGCAGUUGCUCCUGCCGCUGUGAUCAUGUUUCUCACAGCAGCUUUUGUUCUGAUCAUAACGUCUGUGAUCAGGAUCGAGAAGGCUGAAACCAUGGACCAACUUUUUGACGUACCCAACGUAUCCAUUCUGAUCUGGAUCAUCAUGUCCCAAUACUUCUUCUACGCCACUGGCCACCAACCUACCUUUCCAAAUAUAGCCUGGGAAGCAGCUUUCGUUGGAACCACGGGAAUCUUCUCAAACAACAUCAUUCCCGGGACGCUGAUCAUCGUAAACACCUUCUGUUCCCAUAUUCUGAUGGGAUUGCUUCUACCGUUGGUGCUGAUCGCUCCGUUCAUGGUAUUUGUCAUGAUCCCAUCCGUUGUGGGAAAGAAGAUGGAGUUUCAGUCUGCUGUCGCUAGAGGGGAGGUCAUCCUGUUUGAAAAUGACAGUUUGAUGGUCACCUCGAUGUUUGUUGUCGCUUGCAAGUACAUCUUGGGGCAUGCGAUCAGGGUGUUUGCCAGCAUGUUGUCAGCUACAAUCCAUUGCCGGCAUUUGAUGGUCUGGAACAUUUUCGCUCCAAAACUCAUCUUUGAAUCAAUUGGAAUGCUCGUAACGUUAGCUUCAGUUGUGAUCGGUUUUAUAAUUUUAAUUAGGGUCAAUAAAAAAGUGGAGAGACUUAUAGUCUAUCUUAAUAAGAUGAGUUGAUCCUGAGGCAUAGGUUAUGGUAGGUGUUAACAAAACUAGCAUAAUAUUUGCAUUAAGAUUGUUCAAACAACAAAAUUUGUUGCCUCAGCAGUAGAAAGAUGUAUAUAUGGUAUGUUCACAGAAAAUAGUAUUCAUUUAUUGUUAAAUCAAAUGAAGCUAGUCAUAAAAGUUAACUAUCGGCCAGUGUAUUUGAAAACAUUUAUUUAAUGUUUUCCUUUUUUUAUAAAAACGUGUUGUCCUUCUGUUUCAUAAAUCGUAAACCACGUUGUUACUCUUUUAUACAACUUCUAUGUUAGACGAAUAUAUUUGUACAGUAUUGUAAUCCACAUAAUAAUUUGAAAAUAAAAUUGGAGUGUUGAUAUAAGCUAAGAUA